AGAGGGGAAGAAUUGACUAAAAAUCAAUGAGAGAAUAGAAAUUGGGAGAGUAGUACCUCGAGAUUUUGUAUCCAUAAUCGCAAUCGUGGAUCAUCGGCCAGCCAAUCAGAAGUGGGGGAUGAAAUGGGCAGUUUAGUAUCAAAGAAGAAACAGACUCCGCCCACUGAAGGGGCAUCAACAUCAACACCACAAACAGCUGAUGCGUCACCAGCCACGCCCCCUGCAGCUGAGGCAGAGGUCAAAGGUCAAGGGGAAACUACUGAGGUCAAAGGUGACAUGCCCGCUGCGGGUCCUGAAGGAAAAGGUGAUGACGCGCCGCCUCUAGAGGGCGGCAAAGAGGGCGGCACAGAAGACGUGAAGGUGGAUGAUGAAUCACCGGUAACAAUCACACAGGUACCAGUUGCCGUUGCAUUGAAGUGUGCAGUGCAGCAGUACGCCUGGGGUCGCAUAGGCAAGGACAGCGAGGUCGCGACCUUGACCCAGUCAUGUGACCCUUCCUUCCAACUCAAAGAAGAUGAGCCGUAUGCAGAGCUUUGGAUGGGUACACACAGCAAAGGUCCAUCCAUUCUUCAAGACGACGAGGCCAAACCACUUAAGGACUGGAUCGCAGCUCAACCUGAUUGCCUCGGCGAUAAGGUCAGGUCAAAGUUCAACGACCAGCUGCCGUUCCUCUUCAAGGUGUUGUCCGUAAACAAGGCGCUGUCGAUCCAGGCACAUCCGCACAAGGCUUUAGCGGAGACUCUUCACGCAGAACAUCCAGAGAAUUAUCCCGAUGACAAUCACAAACCGGAGAUGGCUAUCGCACUGACACCGUUCGAAGGCCUGAACGGUUUCAGGCCGCUCAUCGAAAUCGAAGAAUUCCUGAAAACGGUACCAGAAUUCCGCACCGUGGUAGGCGAAGACAACGCAGACAAGUUCACAGCGGAGCUGGAGUCGGGAGGCAAUGACGCCAAGGACGUCUUGAAGGAUUGCUUCACGGGACUGAUGACCAGAGAUCCUGAAAUCGUUAAAGAGCAACUCAGUCUCCUAGUCCAGAGGCUAGAAGCGGAAGAUUCAGAGACCACGAAUCGUGAACUCCUCUUGCGACUGAACACUCAGUUUCCCAGCGAUGUCGGAUGUUUCUGCAGUUACUUCCUCAAUCACAUCAUCUUACAGCCGGGAGAAGCCAUGUUCCUUGGUCCUAACGAACCUCAUGCGUACCUGAGUGGCAACUGCAUGGAGUGUAUGGCAUGCUCGGACAAUGUCGUCCGUGCCGGACUCACGCCGAAAUACAAAGAUGUAGAAAACCUGUGCAAGAUGCUGACGUAUCUACCGAGCCCACCCCAAGACAAACUCUUCCCAAGUGUGACUGACCCUGGGGAUCCUUGUAUCACCGUGUAUGACCCACCUGUGCCAGACUUUGCUGUGGCUAGAAUUAAGGUAGCAGAGGGAGUAGAAUCAUAUGAAGUAACAGCCUACGACAGCGCCAGCAUCCUCAUCACCAUCAGUGGCCAAGCAGAGGUGUCGCACCCCUCUUUCGGAAAUGGUAAAACCCUGACUUUGAAGAGAGGCUCGGUUACUUUUGUAUCAGCCAAUCACAGCCUUCCUCUCAAACUUGAGAAAGAAGAUGGUCUGCUGGCCUUCAGAGCUUACUGCCCAUUGGCUUAAAGUGACAGCCAACUUUACACGACUCAGAAAAAUGAGGUUGGACUUUUUCAGUGGAAGAGGGCGCCAGACACAAUACAUACAAAUUUACAGCUGUCUAUACUGAAUAUUUUUGGCCAUAACAUAAAUACCUUUCGGUCAAAAAGUCAAAACGAGUAAAAAAGUUUCCAGCGAUUUUUUUUGUUCAACAAUUUUACUUCAUGUUUUUUUUAAACACCCCUCUUGCUAUGUUAUGGUAGGUGCCUCUCGUGAAUAG